AUGAAACAAAUGGCUCCUGAAAAUGGCUCUUUUGUAACUGAAUUCAUUCUGAUGGGGUUAACAGACCGGCCAGAUCUCCAACUCCCGCUGUUCUUCCUGUUUCUAGUAAUGUAUUUGGUCACUGUGUUAGGAAAUUUGGGCUUAAUGACUCUAAUUGGGUUGAGUUCACAGCUUCACACUCCCAUGUACUUUUUCCUGUUUAACUUGUCCUUUAUUGACCUUCAUUAUUCUUCUGUGUUUACACCCAAAAUGCUCAUGAACUUUAUAUCAAAGAAGAAUGUUAUCUCCUACACAGGGUGUAUGACCCAGCUCUACUUUUACUGUUUCUUUAUCAUUUCUGAAUGCUACGUGCUGACCUCAAUGGCCUAUGAUCGCUAUGUGGCCAUCUGUAAUCCACUGUUGUAUAACACUUCCAUGUCCCCUAGAGUGUGUUGCAACCUAAUGCUUGGUUCAUACCUGGUGGCAUUUUCUGGUGCCAUGGCCCACACGGGAUGCAUGCUGAGACUGACCUUCUGUGAUGCAAACACCAUCAACCACUAUUUCUGUGACAUUCUCCCUUUGCUUCAGCUCUCCUGCAGUAGCAUUUAUGUCAAUGAGCUGGUGGUUUACAUUGUGGGGGGCAUCAAUAUCAUUGUGCCCAGUGUCACCAUCUUUUUGUCUUAUGUGUUCAUCCUCUCUAGUAUAUUUAAAAUAAACUCCAGUGAGGGCAGGUCUAAAGCUUUGAGCACCUGCAGUUCCCACAUAAUUGCAGUUUCUCUGUUCUUUGGGUCAGGUGCAUUUAUGUAUCUUAAGCCAUCUUCUGCUGGGUCGAUGGAUGAGGGAAAAGUGUCUUCUGUCUUUUAUACCAUUGUGGUUCCUAUGAUGAACCCUGUAAUCUAUAGUUUGAGGAACAAAGACGUGAAAAUGUCCCUGGGAAAAUUCUUGAGCAGAAGAUAG